AUAACUCGACUUGACUGAGUUGGAUGCACUUCGACGCACAAAGUGGAUUUAAAAAGCGCAACACGCAGGAGCUGCAGGGCAAACGCGCGUUCUGACUGAAGAAUAAUCACAAAGUCUGAGUGUCUGUUAUCGGGAGAUGCACUUUGAAUGCACAUGAUCUUUCACUGGAGGAAUUCUUUUUUUUUUAAUCCAGCGCGCACUCUUUUCUGAUUUGUGCAUCCUCUGCACAGCUUGCUCGGAAGGAAGUUGCUUCAAAAUUUGCAAGAUAUGACAGAAUGAAAUGAUAUGUGUUUUAGAGAAAGGCUGCAUGGGGGUUUCGUGUAGGAGGAGUUCUUUGUGAGCAAAGAAGUUAACGGAUUUUUUCCCUUAUAAAAAGGAAAUUGCUCAAUGAACAGCAUUAUCUGGAGGCACAGAUCGAAAGAUCCUGCUACAAGCAAAUGUGUUUUCAUACAUAGUCAAGAACCUGGAUCUCCCUUUUUCCAGUCUGCAAACCUUCAUUUAGAGCCUCCUCAAGCAUCUUUAAUAGGACACAUGCUCUUGUGUUCAGGCACUCACUGAAGUGAAACCCUCCUGCCCCGGCGGGUUCCCUGACUCCCCUGCCAGCCCAUCCUGAGCUUCAUGGGUUGAACCACCAGGAGUUCGAUCAUCUCCUCUCCAUUCUCUCCUCCUCUUCAUCCUCUGCUCAACCCCUCCACCCCACCUCCUCCUUCAGUGAUGGCUCCUUGUGCCCUGGGCAUGUUUAGACUUGUAACUGCAACAUCACCCUCCACUACACAGACAUGCGGCUGCAGCAGCCUCUAGAGUGAAAGAUCCAGAGAGACAGAGGAGGAGGGGGGAGAGAAAGAGAGAGACAGACAGAGGAAGAGAGAGAGAGCAUGCCACAAGGGAGAGAGAGGAGGAUUAUAAUCCGUCCCAGCAGCAGAGGGAUCCACCUGUCCCACAGAGGAAGGGCCCCCCCACCCUGAUCCAUCUGGUCGCAGGGGGGGACCCUGCGUGGCCGGAAGGCAGCAGGGACUAUGCAGCUGGGACUGGUGGCGCUGGCAAUGGUCUUCCUCAGCUCCAUGGGUCACAGCGAUUCUCUCAAGCUCUCCAAGGCGAGAAGGCAGAGACGGGUUAGCACUGAGGGGCCGCCAUCUUGCCCCAAAGGCUGUGACCGAUGCUCAGAGUAUAACGGCUGCAUUAAGUGUAAGCCCAAGCUCUUCAUCUUCUUGGAGCGUAAUGACAUCCGUCAGAUCGGCGUGUGCCUCGCCUCCUGCCCCAUGGGAUACUUUGGCAUGAGGAACCCCGAGGGCAACAACAGAUGCACGCAAUGUAAAAUAGAGAAUUGUGAAGCGUGCUUCAAUCGCAAUUUUUGCACAAAAUGUAAGGAUGGCUUAUAUUCACACAGCGGGCGAUGUUAUGUCAGCUGCCCUCCAGACCAGCGCACGGCCAAUGAGACCAUGGAGUGUGUUGGUCAGCGUCCUUCAGAGUGUGAACUAGGCGAGUGGAGCCAAUGGAGUUCCUGUAUGAAGAAGAACAAAACAUGUGGCUUUAAAAAAGGCUCUCAGACUCGGGUUCGAUUGCCAGUCCCGCAGGUCCACAGCCUGGACACCUCGCCGGCCUUCGUUCCCUCACAGACCUGCGCUCCUCAGACAGAGAGGAGGAAGUGUAAUGUGCCCAGGACGCCCUGUGGGAGAGUGGGGAAGACUAAAGGCGACCGGCAAGACGAUACAAACAGGAGGGAGAGGGAGAAUUCACGGGGGCGAGGGCGAGGAGGAGGAGGAGGUGGAGGCGAUGGAGCGGGAGUCGGAGGUGGAGGAGGAGGAGGAGGAGGAGGAGGAGGAGGAGGAGGAGGAGGAGGAGGAGGAGGGAAGAGGAGAAGAGGCCAGAGCAGGACCACCACCACUGUUCCCAGCAUCACAACUAGCUCUGUCUCCUAAACUCCACCGCCUGCUGGACGGGGCUGGGAGGAAAAACGGAGACAAUGCUUCACCCCACGGCAGCGGCCACAGACAACGGAUAAAGAGAUGAAGGAAAGGAUUAAUGCUGCUAUGCAUUGUAGAAGAUGCAAAGAGAACUGGAGGAGGAUUGCUGCAACACAAAAGGCUGCUCUGAGAUGAACAUAUCUGGAAGAUACUGGUGUUACAGUCAGAAAGACUUGUUGAUUUAGAGGUGGAUCAUUGUUGGACUGCUACAGUAACAUUUUGGUUUGACAUGUCAUGAGACAACUUGUGUCUCUUCUUGAACUGAGAAAAGAUACAAGAGUUUCAACUGCAGCAGUCAGGCUACAAGUCUGAUGACAAAUGAAGACACCAGACCUAUCUUAAUCCCAAUCUGGUCUUUAUUUGUUUGGUGAGAUGGACUUUUUCAAGAGCCGCUGUAUGUGGCAUGAAGACGGUGAAUAGUAUAAAGUCUCUGUACCUUUAUUUUUUAUUGUGACAUGAAAAAAAAAAAAGAAAGGCACUGGAAAUCAUUUGUGGUUGCUGAGGACAGAAGGUCUUCUAUGUAUUAUUUUGAGAAGGGAGUCUUAUGACAAAACAAGCCUAAGGAAAAGAUGAAGAGGAGGAUUACUGGGAGCUCCUUCUCCGGUGUCUUGACACAAAACUCUUGCCAUUUGAUAUCUUAUUGUUUGUUUCAAAUUAAAUGUUGGUGUUUGUAACUCUGCACAGAAAAGGAGGAGUACAAACGUGAUUAUCUGCAUGUGUACGAGGCUGCAUGUGCGUGCCUUUGUGCAUGCAAAAUGAGUGAGUGUGUGUGUUCGUCCCUACCUGGGUGUUUGUGUACUUUGUAUGCAUUUCUGCACGGAAUCCAGUUGUUCGUCGACGGAGCUUAGAUGUUUGUACAUGUGUGUUUACGUUUGCACAUGUGUGUUAAUAUUGGUCUCAUAGAUUGAAGGAAUAGGAUCUGAAACCAGAGGAAGGAAAUGUAAAUCCACAGCAAUAUAUCAAAUAUGCAGUAACUACAAGCCACUGAUUAUUAUACAAGCCAUCCAAUCAUCAGCUGCUCAGUAACCGUGUCUGUACGCAACAGGGUCUGAAGAUUUUGCACAACUAUAAUGUUUCCUACUGCUCGAGUUUCAGAACAAUUAUAGCAUUUAACAUGUUUAUCCUUUUUAAAGCUGGCAUCAUGACAUCGCAGACACAGAAAAAUGUCUUUCUCUUUCUUCUUGAAUGUUUUUCAUGGGUCUGUUUGCUUCACACAAGGUAUUAGUUUCAGGAGGAGUUACACACUACAUUAAUCAUUCAUACUAUAGAUUGUGAUACUGAAUAUGUCCAGCUGUGCUUAUCAUCAUCAAACAAAAGAAGUAUUAGUAUCAUCAUGUAUAGCUUAUUCUGUGAAAGCCUAAAUAAAGUUGGGAUGAAGAUGAUGACACUUCA